CGCCGCUUGACUCAGAACAGCGAAGGACUCAGAGCCGGAGAACCAGCUGCAGCCGGUUCAUAUCAUAAGAAGAUUUAGACACAUUAAAUACUGUGAGAUGGUUAUGUAGCUGUAGUUUCCACGUUGCUGAUGUCGCCGGCGCUGAUUUAAGUAAAGAAGUCCUGGUAACAUUCACCUGGAAAACCCCAUAACUCGGGGUUGAACACGUCACCCCUUUUCCCUGCCAGAACCAGUUGGGCAAGGAGCAAACAUGGAGAGCAUGCACUCCCACUGCCUUAAAUGCAUCAACAGAAGGUGCAUGGUGAGACCAGAGGCGGGUGUUUGCUGUGACCUCAUCGGCUGUCCUCUAGUCUGUGGGGCAGUUUUUCACUCAUGCAAACUAGAGGAACACCGUUUACUGUGUCCAUAUGAACGGCUGCCAUGCCUUAACAGUGGAUUUGGCUGCCCAUUCACUAUUGCAAGGAUUAAGAUGGCACAACAUCUUGAGAUCUGCCCAGCAAGUAUCGUAUGUUGCACUAUGGAGUGGAACCGCUGGCCUGUGAGCUACGCUGAUCGCAAGUCCUAUGAAAACUUGAGCAAAGACUUUGAUGAGGUGGAGCAGCUAGACAUGGCUUUGGCCCUGCAGGAUCAGAGGAUGUUGUUAGAGUCACUGAAGGUCACAACCACAGUGUCAAAGAAUGGAGAUAAAGAAGCGGAUGAAAGUGACAAAAUGGCCACAGCUUCAAGUCUAUCAGAGACAGUGUUGGGUAAUGUAACAGUUGAAAUGGAAGAGGAGCCCUAUAAUGGGUUGUAUAGAGCCUCAGUUGAGACGAGCAGAAGUUUAGCAGCGGCUUUGGACAUCCUCACUAAUUCAAAGGAUAUCGAUGUAAUUGUUGGAAAUUUAAACGGGGAAAAGACUGAUAAGAAUGGAGCACUACACAAUGGGGAAAAUGGUGAUAGUCAGAAUGUUUAUGCUGCUGAAGGUGGGAAGAAUGUGGACAUGCAGGAGAGUGACUCUGAUUCAGAGUGUGAGCUCGGAGCGGUUGGUGGAGUGGACUGUGCAGUCGGGACAGAUGGAGAAGAAGAUGGUAUUAGCUGGGCAGAAGAAAAUGAUUUUGUAGAGCUGCUCUUUGAAGAGAAGGAAGACAUUAUUGAAGAGCCAAUAAAUGAUUCCAACCUUGUCUGGCCAGAGAUGCCUCAGAAUUACAUGCCUGUUGUAGCACUGGAACCUCCUGUGCCUCAGCAAGCACCAGUUCCACAUCCAAUGCCAUUCCUGCUGUCUGAUCAUGUGAGAAAUAACUUCUUACAACACUUACCUACUGAACUCAGGUAUCGGUGUUUGGAGCGUAAACUACAGAAUGUAGAAGUGCUCAGAGGAAUAAGUAUGUUUACAUUUAAUGGACGUCGGGCUCUGCUGUCAGACCCUUACUUGUUUCGAACAAAGAUGGAGGACAAGGCAGUAGACACAUCUGACCUGGAAGUAGCAGAUGACCCCAUGGGCCUCCAUGGCAUUGAUCUCAUCACUGCAGCUCUGCUCUUUUGCCUCGGCGACUCUCCAGGAGGCAGAGGAAUCUCAGACAGCAGGUUUGUUGAUGGCUACCACAUCGACUUUGGUACUCAGACAUUCUCCUUUCCUUCAGCCAUUCUUGCAACCAACACCAUGGUGGGAGACAUUGCUUCGGCCUCAGCCUGCGAUCACGCCAGCCCACAGCUCUCCAAUCCAAGCCCCUUCCACACUCUCAGGCUGGACCUGGUGCUCGAAUGUGUAGCUAGAUACCAAACAAAGCAGCGCUCCAUGUUCACAUUCGUGUGCGGGCAGCUGUUCCGGCGGGAUGAGUUCUCGUCUCAUUUCAAGAACGUUCACGGAGAUAUUCAUGCCGGACUCAACGGCUGGAUGGAGCAGCGCUGCCCCCUGGCCUACUAUGGCUGCACCUACUCCCAAAGACGAUUCUGCCCAUCUGUACAGGGCUUCAGAAUCAUCCAUGACAGACACCUUGGCUCGUUUGGAGUUCAGCCCGGUUUGCCCUUAAGAAAUGGGGAGAACUACCCAAGAAGAAACUUCCGCUAUGGUCCAAGGACUGAUCAGUUCAGCAGCCUACCUUUCGAGGUGUUGCAACAUGUAGCAAGCUUCCUGGACAGCUUUAGCUUGUGCCAACUGUCCAGAGUGUCCCGCACCAUGAGGGAUGUGUGUGCUAGUUUGCUCCAGAUGCGUGGCAUGGUCGUCCUGCUGUGGGAGAAGAAACGGCGUGCUGAUGGGUCUCCAUCAUGGCAGAUCACAGACAAGGUGUGGCGAUUCAGCACAGCUUUCGGUACAGUGAAUGAGUGGAAGUUUGCCAACAUCGCCAGCAUGGCCGACCACCUCAAGAAGUGCAAGUUCAAUACAAUCUCUCGUCGGGAAGAGGCGAUCCCCCUGCCAUGCAUGUGUUUCACCAGGGAGCUCACAAAAGAGGGAAGGUGUUUACGCUCAGUUCUCAAACCAGUAGCUUAAAGUGACUUUGAAAGAUGAAGUCAUCUUUUGGACUUUUCUUGAGACCAUUUGAACUCAAAUACACAUGUAUUUCCUCCAGUGUUUACAGACAUUAGUCUCCUCCAGCCUCAAAAUGAUAACUCCUGGUUGAACAUUAUAAACUGUUGGUCGUUUUCUUCACAAUGGAAAUAAUCUUCACUCCCCUAAAUAAGACAAAGCCAGUAGUGGGCCGAUUUAUCCUUCAGCGGAUGCUGAUGUGCUGCAAUUAUAGAUCGGCAGAUUAAAUUGCUUGCUUUGUAUCUUCCACUCUGAUGGAUUUAUGAAUACCAGUGUGCUGACAUUGUAGCCAUAUCUACUCUGACAUUGUGUAAAUAAUCAGAUGUUUUGAUGUAGAUUUUUUUUUUUAUUUUUAUAUCAAAAAGUCAGUACUGUGCUACCAUGGAAGUAAGAGUACAGCCUUAACUUAUGAUGAACUUGAUUUUAUAGUCAUGAGGUUGUGAGAACAUCUCAGUGAGAUUUCUUUGCUGCUUCCAGCUGGAACAGUUUACUGGUAUCUUGCACGGUUUUAUAUCUUAUCCUGAUACCUAGAGUGACCACGUGUGCUGCUUAAAGCUCAUAGACCCGCUUUACACCUGGUAUUAACAUGCGUCCUAGGUGACUGGAUCACAAGUGGACAGCUUCAAGUACAGGUGUGAAUGCACCAAAAUGCGUCCUUACUGCAUCUUGAGAUCUGAUCACUCUAGAGGUGGUUUGGGCUGCAUGUGGCCACAUUCUCUCAGCAGUGCAACAGAGGAAGGGAAGCAAGCAAGGGCUGUCAACACUAUUAAAUAAGAUUUUACUAAUUUGAAAUAGUAGGGACUGUAAGUGUGUGUUUAGCACGACUAACCUCCCAUGGGUUUAAAAGAACAGCACUUUUCAGUCUUUGCAAGCGGAAAUGAUUCACAUGUUUAUUUGCAUAUAGAGCAGGGAAGAGAGCUCCAAUCACAAGCGGCCACACGAGAUGCAUGUGGAGAUACAUUGUAAUACCAGGUGUGAAUAGACAGACAGAGCUGUUCACACAUGUGAUAGGAUCAACAGAGACGCACGAUAAUCCCAGGUGUAAACAGGCUCAUAGAUUUCAUGGCUUUAAUUACACAUUUUAAGACUGACCAAACAUCUGUGGUUGCGGUGCGCAAUGUAUGCCACUUUACAGGAUGGUCAUACUGUAUUCACUGUGGGGUUUCUGUUAACCAGCAUAAGCAUGUCACCAUCAUCAUAUUAAGUGUUUAAAUGUAGUGUGGGUUGGCAUGUUAAAGCAGUAACAAAGGUGGUCCAUCUUGCUUUUAUCUCACCUCUGACUAAUGCGCUGGCAUGUUAGUCAGGUGGGAGAUGAUGUAACAGUGUUCACUGGCCACAUGGCAGUACGUUCUCAGCUGCAGUUGGCUUGUGGUUUGCCCGUUCUACCAGCUACUUUUAACCAGCAAUUGUUUAAAGGUUUCAUAAAAAGAUCUAAAUGUAGCAUCUAAAAUAAUGAAUGUACUCAGCGAAUAUAAGAAUCCAUCAGUGACUGUGGUCAGCUCGGUUUGCCUCCCUCAGUGUCAGACCUCAUAAAACCCUGCAGGCCAGGUGUUCAGAUAUAUAACGGGCACACGCUUCCCUCCAGUAAUGAGCAUCACUAAUUAUAUCCGUACGCAUUAUUUAUCAUAUGUUUUUGUCACUACAUGUCCACUGUGUUCAGAUGUUGUUGGCGUCUCAGGGUUGUAGCAUUAAGCUUUGUGUCACAGUAGGUUGCGUGUAGUUGACGAAAUUGCUGAGAACGACGUGACGACUUGUCGGCAACUUGAUUAUUGUGGGGUCUUAGACAAACUGACUGGUGUACCGCUCAGUAUUAUAAUAACGUAACAGUGUGUGUUGCAGUGCUGGACUAAUAAAUUACAUGUUUGUCACCCAAUGGUGUCAUGUUUAUAACCGAGUAACUGAAAUAGGCUGUCGGCGCAAAUGCUGCUUGAUUGUUCUUUGGAGUGAUCAGACACCUUUUGAAUUAGAUUUCUAGGUUGGAUUAAGAAAUAAGGUCUAAAAACACAUGCACAUGAGAUUUUACUCACUUACAUGAGAAAGUCAAAAUGUUGUGAAAUGUGGAUUUUGGUAGAAAAUGUCACAGAAAAGUAACUAAUUCCUUUGAGGAAUUUGUGGGAUUUUGUUUUUAUAUUUUCUGAUAUAAAGCCCAAGUGAUAACGUAACUAAGCUGUCUUUUUACUCUGACAAGUCCCAAUCCAUGUUUGGUUCUUUUCUUAUUUUUUUUUGUACUGGUACUUUUAUUUUGAAGAAGAAAAAGGAUCUGCCUCUGUAAUGUCUAGAUUUGUAUUUGAAUUAUUGAUUUGCACAUGAAGGCAUGUACUGUAAAAGCUGAAUUAUAAUGCCGAGGGGCUGUCUUUGCUCAAGUAGCAGGAAUUUUUACUCCCUCACGUUCUGCAUGUGAGUUUGAUGUCUUUUGGAAAUGUUCGGUCAGUCCAGUUGCAGACUCAUUCAUACAGAUUAUUUCUCAGGCACAGUACAUCGAUUUUCUAUAACCUGUUACAUAUUUAAAGCUUGUGUCAUAAUGAACUUAUCACAUGUCCUGAUUCUUCAGGUUUAGUGGGUGGAGUUGAAUUAAUUAAAUCAGUCUUUUGCUCUAUUGAGGUUCAUAAACAUUAAGAUAAAUGUAUUUCCUCUGUGUUUUCAGUGAUAUAGUCUUCACAGGCACCUGGAGUGUAUCAACACUUGACAUUUUAAGUUUUGUUCUCACUCCUGCUGACGUGUGUUUUUCACCAUCAUAUGCCAGCUUCAUUUGUUUGACCUUUGAAGCAUUUUAAUAAAGAGGCUCUUGGUUUUUAAA